AUGACUACCAAAAUUCACCUGAAUCUUGCCGAUGUGAGGUCACCAGAAAACUUCCUGAACAUCUGGUUCAGGGAUACAGUCAUAGACGACACAGUGAAACCGCAGACCACGUGUAACCACGCCAGCCCAGGACCUCCACAUCCGGCUUCUUCACCUGUCUACACAGGUCAGUCUAAAUUGUCAUCAAUUAUGAUUGUAUUGAUUUCUUACAGUGUUGGCCGUGUCUAUGGACAAGAAAGUUACGCAGGUGAAAACAUCACCCGCGUUCUGGACCGACUACUCGAUGGAUAUGACAACUGGUUGCGGCCAGGAUCCGGAGGUAUGAUUACAGAGGUGAAAACAGAUAUCUUUGUCACAAGCUUUGGCCCAGUGUCAGAUGUGGAAAUGGAGUACACCAUCGACAUGUUCUUCCGACAGACCUGGGUGGACGAGAGGCUGAAGUACGACGGCGCCGUGGAGAUCCUGAGUCUCAACAACAAGAUGGUGGAUAAGAUCUGGACACCCGACACGUUCUUCAGGAACUCUAGGAAGUCCAUCGCCCACAACAUGACCACUCCCAACAAGCUGUUCCGCAUCAUGCAGAACGGGACCGUCCUCUAUACCAUGAGACUAACCAUCGUUGCUGAGUGUCCCAUGAGGCUCAUGGACUUCCCUAUGGACGGACAUAUAUGUCCUCUACGGUUCGGCAGCUAUGGGUACACGAACAGUGAGAUCACCUUUACCUGGAGGAAGGGUCUGGAAGGUUCCGUAGACUGUCCUCAGGAGUCUAUCAGUCUGCUCCAGUAUGACCUGGUGGGACAGAGGCUAUCCAUGGAGACGUUCAGGUCCAACACAGGUGACUACUCUGUCAUGGUAGUCCAUUUUCUACUCCAGAGGAAGCUAGGCUACUACCUGAUUCAGACAUACAUCCCUCUGAUUAUGGUGGUGGUGCUGUCGCAAGUAGCCUUCUGGAUCAACAAAGAGUCUGUCCCUGCACGCACUGUGGCUAGCAUCACCACGGUCCUCACCAUGACAACCCUCAGCAUCAGUGCCCGCCAGUCUCUGCCCAAGGUGGCCUACGCUACAGCCAUGGACUGGUUCAUCGCUGUGUGUUUUGCCUUCGUGGCGUCUGCGCUCAUCGAGUUCGCCGCUGUCAACUACUUUGCGAUGCUGGAGGCCAACAGACUGAAGAAGAAGAAGAACGCCAGGCAGAAAAAAAUUGAGGCCCUGGCUGAAGCAAGUUAUGAUGAGGAGGAUGAUGAGAGUGCUUCAUCUGCCCCAUCAGAGAGUGGGGGCCUGAAGAAGAGGCGUAACUCCAUAGCCCAGAGUGAGCCGGUGCCCAUCUUCCUGCUGCAGGGUUCAGCUGUGCCACCCAUCUCAGCACCGGCUGGCACCAGCCCCAUAGACCAGUACUCCCGCAUCAUGUUCCCCCUGGCCUUCGCACUCUUCAAUCUCUUCUACUGGAUCAUAUACCUGGGCAAGGACACCAUGGAACAGGCCAGAGAGGAUUGA